GCAUCUGAGGUCUCCUCCGAGGCCCGCUGGAGCGCAGCCCAUAAUGAAGGUCUUGGCAGCAGGAGUCGUGCCCCUGCUGCUGGUUCUGCACUGGAAACACGGGGCGGGGAGCCCCCUCCCCAUCACCCCCGUCAAUGCCACCUGUGUCACCCGCCACCCAUGUCACAGCAACCUCAUGAACCAGAUCAGGAACCAACUGGUGCAACUCAACAGCAGUGCCAACGCCCUCUUCAUUCUCUAUUACACGGCCCAGGGCGAGCCGUUCCCCAACAACCUGGACAAGCUGUGCAGCCCCAACGUGACGGACUUCCCCCCGUUCCACGCCAACGGCACGGAGAAGGCCCGGCUGGUGGAGCUGUACCGCGUCAUCGCCUACCUGGGCGCCGCCCUGGGCAACAUCACGCGGGACCAGAGGACCCUCAACCCCACGGCCGCCGGCCUCCACGGCAAGCUGAACGCCACGGCGGACACGCUGCGCGGGCUGCUGAGCAACGUGCACUGUCGCCUCUGCAGCAAGUACCACGUGGGCCACGUGGAGGUGGCCUACGGCCCGGACACGGCGGACAAGGACGUCUUCCAGAAGAAGAAGCUGGGCUGCCAGCUGCUGGGGAAGUACAGGCAGGUCAUCGCCCUGCUGGCCCAGGCCUUCUAGCCGGGGGCCGCGGCCUUCCCCUCGGGGGGCUC